CUGGAUUGCAGGUCCAGGAGAGGAGGGAGAGGAGGCAGCUGGGGAUGGGUGUGGCGCCAUGAGGGAAUGUGGGCUGUGAGUACCACGUCCUGUUUACCUGUGAGGGCAGUCAGACCCCUGAGUCAGAACUCACGCUGGGCUGCUUUGCUGGAGCCAUCAUGGUGUGUGGGUGUCCAGGCCUGACUCCUCGGGAACGAAGGGAUUCCCAGCAUUCCUAAGGCCAUGGUCCUGAAAUCUAAGUCGCUCCAAAGACUGAGAUGUCAACUGGUAGUUGAGCAGUUGGAGAAGAAAAUUGGGGAGCCAGCCUUACCAGAGCACGCUCCCCGGUCCUGGCAUCACUCUGGCCUCCUGCCCCAUCCCCCGACCAGCUCGGUCAGCGUCGACAUUCCCGGCCGCCGGCCUCCACCGCCCCCACACGUGCCGCCGCAGGGAGCGGCCUGACCACUGCGUGACGCCUCGAGGGGCGGGGUCUCAUUUUUAAAAGGGGCCAGAGGCGGCGGCGCCCGCCCCGAGACCCGAGCCGGGUCACAGGGAGGGCUAGUGCGUGCUGCCCACGGCGCCGGCCGCGUGAGCGCCACCCUCGAGUCCGCGGCGGGCGCCAUGCAGCUCCUGGUGAAGGUGCCGUCUCUGCCGGAGCGCGGCGAGCUGGACUGCGACAUCUGCUACCGGCCCUUCAACCUCGGGGCCCGCGCGCCGCGCCGCCUGCCCGGAACGGCGCGCGCCCGCUGCGGCCACUCGCUCUGCACCGCCUGCCUGCGCGAGCUGGCGGCGCGCGGAGACCGCAGCGGAGCGGCCGCGCGCGUGGUGCGCUUCCGCCGCGUCGUCACGUGCCCCUUCUGCCGCGCGCCCACCCCGCUCCCGCGCGGCGGGGUCACGGAGAUCCCUGUCCACCCGGACUUGUGGUCGCGGUUGGAGGAGAAGGCGCGGGCUGAACGUGAACCCGAUGAGGCUGGUAGCCCGGGCAGGGACGGUGGCGACGCCGACGGAGAGGCCGACGAGGAGGAAGAGAGCGACAAGGGGUCGUGGCCGAGGAGCGCGGGGUGGCGCGCGUUCCGACGGCUCUGGGACAGGUUGCUGUCGCCCGCGCGCCGCUGGCGGCGCCCGCUGCCUAGCAACGUUCUGUACUGUCCGGAGAUCAAGGACUUGGCCCACAUGACUCGCUGCACGCUGUAGCCCCGGGGCCCGGAAGCUGAGGCCGAAGGGAGGACUGGCACGGACGAGGAAGUGCAGCCGACGGCAGGAGGGAACGCCCUGGAGGUGUUGAUGCUGAGCCGGGGAGGCUCCUAGACGAAUCGCCCCCAUCUGCUGACUGUGCCAGCCAUACAUGUUUAGGAUAGAGUGGCCCAGGGAUGAUGAUAAAAACAAAGUCUAUGUACCCGUGGGAAGAAGACAGAUUGUUUCCUUAGCUGUGACUUGGCUUUUGUCCAGGGCAACUCUGGUUGUGUGGGAGCAACAAGUCCCAUUUUAGCAAUUUUGUGUCAAUGGUUUGAAAAUUUCAAAAAAAAAAAAAUGGAACAGGAGAGAAAGAGGCUGAUUUUCAUGUCAUGUUAAUCUCACUUCUCUACCACUAAGAGGCUUGAGAAAAAUAAGCCGUUUUGUUUGCAGUCCCCUCCCACCCGCCCCUGCUGACAUGCCCACUGUCUCCCCACUCCCAGUACUGUAUUCCUAAAAUUACCCAGAUGCCUCUGGCCUGCCUCAUUUCAGAAUCCCCCUCCAACCUGUUAGGGCAGGUAUCAGAAGGUCCAAAGAACAUUCAUCUGAGGCACCUAAUUAGGGCCUAUCAAGGAUAGAAAAGAGGCAUUUGGUAAAGGCAUCAGAUUUUAAAUCCCAUCAGUAUCUUAUAGUCCAGUCAAUGGGGGCUUGUUGGAAGUGUCAGGAUUCCACUUCACUUGCUGAAUCAGAACCUGCAUUUUAAUUAUCAGCCCAGGUCCUAGAUGAUCUAGGAUGUUACCAUCUAUGGGUGAAAUAUUUAGAACACAAAUGGUAUUUAACAAACUAUACACUAUUUUAUUGAAGGUUCUAAAGUGACAUUCUGUUGAAGAAAUCUAGAUUCAUGUGCAUAGUUGGAUUUUCCUGAGUUAAAAAUGUGAAUUUAAACCAUAUAUUGGUUUUUCCUGUCAUUAAGUCUCAGCUUAAAUGUUCCCUCUUUUGGGAAGCCUUUUUCAGCAUUCAACCUGGUGUUGCCCCUUCCCUCACUUUCUAUAGCAUAAUGCCUUGUUUUAUGUUCUCUGCUUUUAUUUUCAGAUAGUAUGUGUUUUGUUGGUGUCCCUACUAAAGUGUAAGCUUCAUGAGAGUAAUGACUGACUUGUGACUAUUUUAUCUCCAGUGCCAACAACAGUGUUAAUACAUAGUAUGUACCCAAUAAAUGUUUGUUGAAUCUUA